UGGUACUUAAGUACCAUGUCUCCGAGGCUUUUCUUCAUUUACUGCCGACCCUGUAAAGGAUUUUGUGUUUUAACAACAAAUUAAUGAAGAGCGUUAGAACUCAUCACUGGGUACCGGACUGUAUAGAAUAAGCAGGUGCUUGCAAAACCUCACAAGAAUGUGCAUUCCAGUCUUUCUGAAAAUCAGUGAACCCGCGCUGUGGAUAGUUCUUCUAGUUUUACCACUGCAGUUCUACAGUACAGCGGAGAUCCCAUGGCCCGGUGUAAAACAACCAGGAGAUUUUCGCUACCUGCCGUCAGGACUAAGACGCAUCAACCUUAAACCAAUAAUGCGAUUAGAUCAGCUUCGACGAAAAAUUUGUGAACUAAUACGAAUGGGAUGCGACGAACAAUCGACCGAUCCAAAGAAAAAUGAGACAACCAGCGAGAUCAUUUUUACCCCCAUGAAACCUCCGGAUUUCGAUAAAAAAGACGUAAAAAUUGUCAAUCUCCCGCCAGUUUUUUCACGCCCAGCAGACUCAACAAAUGACCCACACUGUAUGCAAUUCAGAAUUCCGGAUGAAUACUUUGAAGAAGGGGUAGAUAUACAAGGUGCGGACAUAUAUAUUUACUUUAAAGUAAAAACACGUCGAAAAGGAAGUCGGCGAAUAGUGUUAAAAGUGUUUUCUCUCCAGAAUGGGUCUAAAAGAAGAAAAAAUGUGGCAAAAUUACAGAUUCGUCCAAAUGAUACAGCUUGGUAUAAAGUUUCUCUACCACGUUCUAUUACAAACAGCUUUGAGAGCUAUCAGAAUAGAACUGUUUCUAUGUGCAUAGACUGUAGAAGGUGCAACAAACGAACUAGAAUCACUUUUCCUUUAAAAACACACCCAUCAAAGCGGAAAAGGAAGCGAUCGAGGAAGAAUAAAAGAAAGAACCGUAAAAAUAGAAGACAAAGGAAUUCGAAAAAGAAAAGAGGGAAGAAACCCAAAGAGUUGCAUUAUCAUAGACCAUUUCUUAUUUACCGGUUGAAACAGAACCAUCGAUCAAAACGAAAUCUAGAUAAUAACCCCUGCUCGUUAUCGAAUGAUACUCAAAGCUGUUGUAGGUACGAACAGUUUGUGUCGUUUUCCGACAUGGGAUUCGAACAGAACAUUUUGUUUCCCAGUGGAGUUACCUACUCCUCUUGUAUUGGAGGAUGUGGUGGUUUAUCUCUAAAUCAAAACAUUCCGGAAAUGCCGAGAGUUAGUUCGGAAAAUUCCGUUUGUCAAGUUACAGAAAGCGAGGAGACAAGUACUUUUUUAGUUCUUCGGGACCGCAUCGGGAUUUUAACUUUAAAAAACGGAAAUGUGUUACAAUGUGGAUGUAGUUUAUAACAGUUCUCAUUUGUAAAACACCUACAUUUGUUGGAAUGAGUGCCUACUGAAUUGCUUGCUAACUUUCAUGUUUAUAUAUUUUUAUCAUGGGUAUGUGAAUGUAUGACGCCAUUUUUUCCGUUUCCUUUUCUCAUUUAUUUAUAAAAUUAGUGUACAUUUUCAUUAUUUAAUUUCUAUUUAAUAGAAUAUUUC